GGCAGCAGUUUCUUAUCGUUCCGCGGUCCACCUUAAGCGCACGAUGUGGGCAACGCAGGCGUACAGCGGGUCUUCCGCCUCAUUUCCAGCCGGGCUCGGACCGGAUCGGAGCGGCGGCGUCACUUCGGAGACGGCGGGACCUGACCGAACCCGCCCAGCACCAUGUCCGAACCCAAGUAUCGCGACUGGAUUCUGGAGACUAUCGACUCCCUCCGCUCCAGAAAAGCCCGACCGGACCUGGAAAGGAUAUGCCGGAUGGUUCGGAGGCGGUACGGGUCGGACCCGGACCGGACCCGCUCGGAGCUGGAAAAACUGAUCCAGGAGCAGACGGUGCUGAAAGUUAGCUACAAAGGUUCGAUCUCGUACCGGAACGCUGCCAAGGUGCACAGAAAAAGCCGAAAGAAACCAGAAGCGCUCGGGGAGCAGACCAAGCAUGCUGGCGGCACGCACGGUCCGGCGGGCGCCGAGGAGACCGGCUGCCCCACCGAACCCCCCGAGCCGAAGCGGUGCUGUGACCUCCAGCCCAACAUCCUGGCCAUCCCCGGCCAGAAGGAGGGGACGCCAGCGGUGCCGGCUAGCGGAAACGGCUGCUUAGGCUGCGGCGCAGCGGUUUGCAGGAGUCAGGCUCGCUGCACUGCCGGUGCACUGCGAGACAAGAAGACAGCGCCGGCGGGGGGCAGCGCCACCGCGGCCGGCCGGGACAGAUGCACCGGCAGCAGCAAUGGAAGUGACGCCCCCGGCAGGAUCAGGGCAAGCCGCGGCUUGGAAGGGGGCUCGUCAGGCCAGGGGGGCAGUGCCGACAAGGAAAGAAGAACUUGUACGCUGACAAACAGCAGCCACCUUCUGAGGCGUAAAAAGCAGGCAUCUCUGAAGCCCAAGCUGCGUGUCGGGAGGAGAGCUACGCCGGAUGCCGGCAGCCCCGACUUGGGCGACCGCCUGGUGGCGUCCGUCCGGUCCUUGGCUGAGAAGAACCGGGGUGCUAUCACCCGGGGCCACCCGCCGCUGGGCUUGAAGGAGAUCCUGGGCUUCCUGGGUUCGCAGGAGCGCCUGUCGCAGGAGAAGCUGACCCGCAGCAAAGUCAGAGCGGUGCUGGAGAGGGAGGUGGCGAAGGGUCGACUGCGCAGGACCCGCUUCGGGAACAUCACGCUGCCGAUGCGCGGCGUGGGGGCGAAGCCGAAGCCCCCCGCACGGAUGCUGAAGGGCGCGCUACAGGAGCGGCACACGCAGGCAGCCCAAAAGGUGGCGCUGAAGGUGGAGGAGCCCAUGGAGCUGAACAGCAGUCAGCAGAAACAGGAAGAGAAGGAGGAGCACCAUGAGGAGGCCCAGGCGGGAGGUGACGGUGGUCCUCUGUCACCCGACGAAGGGGAUGGGGGGGCAGCUCCGGGCCAGGCUCUCGGGUCGCCUCAGCCGCCGCACCCCGACACCGCGGGCCACAACCCAAGGCCCUGCACAGACGCUGCCCCAACGCAGGUGGAGAGGCCACCGCCUCUGUGCUCCACACCUCCCCCCAGCAGCACAGCCUCGAAGCAGGAGGAGUAUGGCCUGGAAAUCUGCCCCAGUGACCUGUGCCCUGAGGAAGCACGCACCGAGCCCCCAGCUGACACAGGUACAGGGGGACCCCAAGGUGGGCAGUCGCCACAGCCUGCGUCCCCACUGGCCCCAGGAGAAGAGGAGGGAACAGAGGGGAGAGUGGUGACCCCCGUGCCAAUGGCUUCAGAUGCACAGGGGGCAGCGCUGGCUGAUGGAGGGAGUGUCUCACCGCCACGUUCAGCUCAGGCUUGUUCUGGAUGCAGGGUGGAGACCGGCGUAGCGUCCUGCCUGCUGACCCCCACAGCCUCCCCGCCAGAGUCCGGUGCCGUGGAGGAGCGGACCGUCAAUGGAGCCGUCUUAGUGAAGAUGGAAAAGAGCUCCCAGAACUUGGUGGAGUGGACUGUGGCGGACGUGGCCAGCUACUUCAUUGCCGCUGGUUUUCCGGAACAAGCUGCAGCCUUCAGGACGCAGGAAAUCGAUGGGAAGUCCCUCCUCCUCAUGCAGCGCAACGACGUGCUGACCGGACUGUCCAUCAGACUGGGCCCCGCCCUCAAGAUAUACGAGCGACACAUAAAGGUGCUGCAGAGGACCCACUUCCAGGAUGAGAGCGCCCUCUGCUGACCUGACAGGUGGAGACGCACACACGCCUGGAGGCGGCCCAGUUUGCCGGUACAGGGACACACUCCCGCGGGGGCGUGUGCACACACGUCUCACAUGCGGAGGCAGACACAUUCAUGCAUGCGCACACAUGCACAUGGCGACGCUGGGGGGCCCCGCUGGGGGGCCCCGCUGGCACGCGUUCGACCCGAGUCAUGGAGCACAAGCCGGCGUGGAACUGGCGGUAGCACAUGGUCACGCUUCUGCCCUGGGGAGGUGUGAGUCCACAACCUCAUACCCAGUCAGUGCUACUUCCUUCCUGGGAAGUGCAAACCAACCCCCCCCCCUCCCCAGUUCUCGUUCCAGCUGCUGACACCAGCAAGCACCUCCCCCAUGAUUGAGGAAUGUUCCACCCUCUUCCAGAACAAUCCAACCCCAACCGCACACCCUGUGGAUUAUAGCUGACUCAUGGAAUUGAACAAAACUGUCCAUCCAGUUUUAUACUUAUGCUGUUUUUAUAUGCUGACUUUCUGUCUGUGCAGCCUGUUGUUUUGGUAGGGAAGGAUGACAUGGGGGUGGGGGGGGCAGAUAUGGUCUUCUGCUUCUUCACAGACAUUUUUAGCAGUGUGAUGUGCUUUUUAAACUCGUAGUUAGCCUGUUGUUCAGAUGAGUGUUGGCAUCUCUCACCACUGCACCACUGCCUGUGUCUGAAGCGCAGUGAAGUUUCUAGCCUGUCCACCAGGGGGCGAGACCGUCAUCAUCAGCAUCAUCACUUGCCUCCAUAGGUAACUGUCAGGUAGAGUCCAGACAGAGAGUGUUUGGCUGAAAACAGACUGCGUGAAAUUGACAGGCCUACAUCAAGGCUACCAGAACAUGAGGAUACAGUAGCUUCAGGUUUGUGCCCCAACCCAGGAGUCCAGCAGAUGGCGCUCUAGAUCUCUGGAUUUUAUCCAUGUAAUUUUUUUGUAUUUAUGUCACAAGUUUACAAAUUGCAGAGUAUUGGUUAUACUGGAGUCUUCCCCACAUAUGUUUAUAUGGAAUACAUUUAGAGCAACUUUCCAACUCGGCACCCAGCCAUCUUGUGUUGGACGUUCUGUGUGCAUGAGUGCCAGAGUGUUUGGUUCGGGUGUGCUGAGCGCUGGAAGGAGAAAUGCCGAUUUAGAGGAAAUGGAAGGCAGAGCUGUGUGUUUGUUGGGGACGUCAUCCCUGAAAGGUGAACGUCACCACAAGCCUCAUGGAGCUCCUGGUUUGUAGGCAUCUCACGGUAUCAGCGACACUCUGGCCCAGCGUGUCAUCGGCAUGGAGCCUCCCAUGUCCCUCAAGGUCAGGUGGCCCCAUGACCCAUCUAUAGUCAUUUACGUAACAACAUAUGCAGCAAUAACAAGCAUUUCCUGCCCCCAUUGAGUGAAAUACAAGGUGGGACGUGGUUUUCUCAGUGCAGAUUUAGAUAUUCUGAUGCAAACGAGGACCAGGUAAUGUUGGAUGACUUAAGAGUUUUAAAUGUCAAAUGUCAGGUUAGAAUCAUUUAGCUGGGCUGCCUGCUGCUUUCUGCAGUGUCUCUGUGAUGUCACAGACAUGUGACAUGAUUAUGUCUUUUAUGUUCUUUUUGAGCUGUAAAUUUUAUUUAAAGGAGUCUUUGUCUGUUACAGAUCUGACUGUAACUUCCCACAGAAACGUGUUCUUGCAGGUGGAAUAUUGCCCCUUGCUAUGAAAUGGCACAACAUGUUUUCUAACUGGCUUAUUCCUUUGUUGUCAAAACAAUGUACAGUCGUAUUAAUCUACAUUUUUUUUACAGUCACACUUGAAAUUAUAUUGCUUGUUUUCAUUUUUUUAAGGAAAUGCUUUUUUGAAU